CGGCGCUGGGGGCAGCUUCGAGGAGGUGCCGGGGGCGCCCAGCGGACCCGCACGCACCCCGAGGCUUAUCAGGCGGGGCCCGGGUGUUGGGGGGCGACUGGCAGCCAUGGCGGAGUCGGCGCCUGCUCGGCACAGGAGGAAGCGCCGCUCCACCCCUUUGACUUCCUCCACGCUGCCCCCACAAGCACCAGAGAAAAGCUCCUAUUUGCAGACCACAGAUAUCUCACUCUGGACAGUGGUGGCCGCUAUUCAAGCUGUGGAGAAGAAGAUGGAGUCCCAGGCCGCCCGGCUGCAGAGCCUGGAGGGCCGGACAGGGACGGCCGAGAAGAAGCUGGCUGACUGCGAGAAGACGGCCGUGGAGUUGGGGAACCAGCUGGAGGGCAAGUGGGCGGUGCUGGGGACCCUGCUGCAGGAGUACGGGCUGCUGCAGAGGCGGCUGGAGAACGUGGAGAACCUGCUGAGGAACAGGAACUUCUGGGUCCUGCGGCUGCCCCCGGGCAGCAAGGGCGAGGCGCCCAAGGUGCCCAGGUCACUUGAAAAUGAUGGAGUCUGUUUUUCAGAGCAGGAGUGGGCGAACCUGGAGGACUGGCAGAAGGAGCUCUACACAAAUGUGAUGAAAAGCAACUAUGAGACUCUGGUCUCUCUAAAGGUGCUUGGCCAGCCGGAAGGAGAAGCAGAGUUGGGUACAGAGAUGCUGGGUGACUUGGAGGAGGAAGACUCUCGUGGUGUCCACCCGGUGGAAGGGGUUAUGAUCAAGCAGGAGAUACAGUACACGCAGGACGGCUCUGCGGACCUUCCUGGAGAGUUCUCGGGCAUUGCCGAAGAGCACGCUUUCCUGAGCCCGGAGCAGCCUGAGCUCUGGGAUGGUCAGGGACGUUCUGUCCUCUUGGAAUCAGGUCCCGGGGACACUAAUCCAGAGGAGCCCAUUGCGGGCAGUAGAGACCCUAGCGGUGGCAGAACUCUGGGCUGCCCCCCGAAGCAGAAGUCUAACAGGCAGCUGCAGCUGGGUCAGCAGUGUGGGCAGGGCCUGAAGCUGAAAAGGGACACUGCUGGCCCCUACGAAUGUUCCGAGUGCGAGGCCAUCUUCCGCUGUAAGCAGCAGCUGGCCGCACAUCUGCGGACCCACCCCGGAUGGGAGCCUUACACGGCCUCGGAGCCAGAGGAGAGCCUUCGGCCCCGGCCCCGGCCCCGGCUUAAGCCCCAGCCCCGGAAGGCGAAGCUGCACCAGUGUGAUGUCUGCACAAGGAGCUUCAGCUGCAGGGUGAGCCUGCUGACCCACCAGCGCUGCCACCUGCAGGAGGGGCCCGGGGCCGGCCGCCGGGUCCAGGAGCGGUUCUCACCCAACAGCCUGGUCGCCCUGCCCGGCCACAUUCCUUGGAGGAAAAGCCGGAGCGCCCUCAUCUGUGGUUACUGCGGCAAGAGCUUCAGCCACCCGUCCGACCUGGUGCGGCACCAGCGCAUCCACACGGGCGAGCGGCCCUACAGCUGCCCUGAGUGUGAGAAGAGCUUUGUCCAGAAGCAGCACCUCCUGCAGCACCAGAAGAUCCACCAGCGGGAGCGGGGCGGGCCAGCCCUGGAGCCCGGAAGGCCCAACGGCCUGCUUUAGGGGUGCCAGCCCCUCGCCCGACUGGGGGAGGCGGAGGGGGCUGGCACUGUUCCCCCGAAGAGACAGUGUAGCGUCAGGGACUGACUGCUUUCCGAGGGGAGUCACUUUGAUUUGCUUUCCCUUGACCAGGCGCCAGGCCGAGCCCAAAGGCUGUCCUGAAAACCACGGAAGAGGAAGAGUCGGGGCCAGGCCUGUCCUGCUGUCUUUACACUGCUGCCGAGUUUGCCAUCUCUGUGGCACCGUCAAGUCUCUGCUCUUCCCAUCCGAGUUGAUAGUCGUGGGCUGGGGUUGGCUCUCUGAGCCCGCAGGGCUGGUGGCCUGUUCCAGGGCCCGUCCCGGCAUUCAGGUCUUCCCGAGGGUUGAGUCGGGCCAAAGGAGCGAGCAGAUGUGUGGAAGCAUUUAGCCCUCUAGUUGCUCUUCUUGUGUCAUCUGCUUGUUAAUAACAAGUAGAAGAAAUAAUUUAAAUGAACUGCUCACCGUGCUCUGAAGAACUUUUUUUUUUUGGAAUUAGAUUUUAGUUGGUUAAAAAAAAAGUCUGACAAUUUUUAAAUUUCCAGAGUUGUAGAAGUUGUUCCUAACAUGGGGACUGGGCCUGCCCUCUGGGAGGGGAUCAUUUAUGGGGCUCUUUUAGCCCACCCACGUUUAGUUAGGCCAGAGAUCAGGGCCGUAGUGCUGGGCCCCCUCUUGUGCGGGUGCUUGGCACUCCGAAUAGGGCUACCUGACCGAGGGGAGGAGAGUAGUAGGGUUAGACCCCAGAGCCCCUGCUGGGAAUGAAGCGUCCUGCAGAGGAGCUGAGAUGUGGUCCUGCUUCUCUGAGUUGGGGUUUCUCUCUGCUCUUCCAUCCCAUCCUUGCUGCCAUUCUGCAGCCUCCCGGCGUAGAAGACUACUUUUUACUUAUGUUUGUUCAGCUUAUACCAGUGGUUACUUGAGUUGGUUUUUAUGAUACCAGUUGUUUCUUGAGGUUGUUCAGAUCACACACUUUCCACAGUAGUUCUGGGACUGACUGUUCCUGAAAUGAUGGGAAGAAAAGCACACAGAUGCCCAUCUCUCAGGAGUGUUGAAUGCCUGCCCCACUAUUGUUUGGGGAGAUGAGAGUGGGCUCCUGGGUCCUAUGUGAAUGUCCCCUUUGAUGUUUGCAGUUGCCUAGAAUAAAACUUACCACUAGCAAAAAAAAAA